AUGCUCGCCGGCACGACGUUCUGCGUGCUGAGCGCGACGUGCUACGUCGGCCUGAGCCUCCUGGAGCGCUACCUCGAAGGCGAGGCGCGGGAUAAGGGGCGGGCCCUCCUCAGCGGCGAGGCCGUCGAGGAGGACCAGGCCACGGCCCUCGCGCGCCUGCUGCUCAUCUUCUUCCCGACCUGCCGCCUGCCGGCGUCGGCCUGCGCCGAGGAGGCGUCGCGCGAGCGGUCCGGCACGUGCCAGGAGCGCGCGAAAAACCGCCGCGCGUCGCUGGCGGCCGUCGCGCUGCUCCAGACGCCGAACCCGGAAACGAAUGGGGCGCCGCCCGCGCGCGACCGGCCCCUCGUCUACGUGCUCCUCAAGGCGCUGGAUAACGUCGUCUGCCUCGCCGGGCCCGCGAGCCUCUGCUUCGCGGGCCACUCCGACCUGACGUCGCGCGCGUUCCGCACGGCGGCCGUCGCGCGCGCGCUGCUGCCCGCGUGCGUCACGCUCGACGUCGCCGUCGCGCAGAUCGCCGCGCUCAUGGACCUGGGGCGCGAGCAGGUCGCGGGCUUCAAGAUCUUGAAUUUCGCGGUGCGGGGCUUCGUCUGGCGGUCCUAG